UCAUUCUUAACAACCACGAGAGCUCAAAUGCCUGUUGCCAGGUUACCAUCCGACACAGUGAAAUGUGGGACCGUGUACGCGAGCGGCAUGGAGAAGCACCAUUGACUCGCGCCCGUCUCUAAAUAAUGAAUCACCCAUGCGUUCUGAGCAGGCGAAGGCAAUGAAUAGGCGAGCGUGAUCAGGACCGAAUCCGCAGCGCCGGGGCUUCUGGGGGUUAAGCCAUGCAGCUCCAGCCUCCGACGCACUGCAAGCUGUCUGGCUUCAUCCUGCAUGAAAGAUGCACCGCGUCUUCAAAAAUGGAAGUCCACCGUGAACAGAGUAUCUGUCAGGCUCGGGCUGCUGUCAUGGUGUACGACGACGCCAACAAGAAAUGGGUUCCGGCUGGAGGUUCCACGGGUUUCAGCAGAGUCCACAUCUAUCACCACACGGGGAACAAUGCCUUCCGGGUGGUGGGCCGCAAAAUCCAGGACCACCAAGUGGUGAUAAACUGUGCCAUUCCCAAGGGACUGAAAUAUAACCAGGCAACGCUGACGUUCCAUCAGUGGCGCGAUGCACGGCAGGUGUAUGGCCUGAACUUUGGCAGUAAGGAGGACGCUAACGUUUUCGCCAGUGCCAUGAUGCACGCUCUGGAGGUGCUCAACUCUCAGGAUGCAGGCCCCACGUUGCCAAGACAGAGCCCUCAGGUGCAGAAUGGCCCCUCGCCAGAGGAGCUGGAAAUGCAGAGACGGCAACUGCAGGAGUUGCAGCGUCAGAAGGAGCUAGAGCGCGAGCGGCUCGAGCGAGAGCGUCAGGAGCGAGAGCGGCUCGAAAGAGAGCGUCAGGAGCGAGAGAGGCUGGAUCGUGAACGUCUGGAGCACGAACGUCAGGAACGUGAGAGAUUGGAAAGAGAGCUGCUGGAGCGCGAGCAUCAGGAGCGUGAGCGUCAGGAACGGGAGCGUUUGGAGAGAGAGCGUGCAGAGCAGGAGCGUCUGGAGAGGCUGGAGCGUGAGCGUCAGGAGCAGCUGGAGAACGAGCGUGCCGAGUGUGAGCGGCUAGAGCGAGAGCGUGCCGAGAGGGAAAGGCAGGAGAGAGAGCUCCGAGAGCAGAUCGACAGAGACGACUCGGACAGAGGACGACGCGUCUCCAACACCGUCUUUGAAAGUACCCUCCACACCCCUCCACCUCCAGACUGCAACAAGAGCUCUGCCUCUUCUUCGCCCGUAUCCCCUUCCACCCCCAACUAUCCUCCUCCUUCUUCUUCACCCUCUGUAGUACCACCUCCCACCCCGCCCUUGCGCCACUCUGCCUCUCGUUUUGCCACUUCUAAAGGCUCUGCCUUCCACCCAGUCCUACCUCAUUAUGCCACUGUCCCCAGGCGGCAUCCAGCUCAACCCACACCCAUGGCUCUGCCUCCUGCUCCAGCUUCCAAAACAGUAGUCUGCCAGUCCACCAAUUUCACGCCCUUACCGCCAUCGCCUCCAGUCAUGAUCAGUAGCCCCCCUGGCAAAGCCACCGGCCCUCGGCCCGUCAUCGCUGUCCCAGCCUCCAGUCCUCUUUUCUCCUCCUCAACCGUGGCGCCCAAUGGGCCUCCAGUCACCACUCAGUACCAUGCUGCUUCACCAGUCUUGGGCCAGUCCCUUCCGUCACCCCCACCUCCACCCCUGCCUCCUCAAUCCUUACCCCAUUUCCCCACCCCCAUGACCCAUUAUGUGUCCUGUCCAUCCACCCAGCCUCCUGUUGUCCCCUCUCCUUCUACAGCCUGCCCUGCCAAUGCUGAUUGCUCUGUAAACUCGGUGCUGGGAGACUCCUCUGCUCCAGAGCCGGAUUCAGUGCAGGUUGGCCCUCCUCUGCCUCCUCCACCCCCUCUUCCACCUGGCUCCACUGUGACCCCAACUUCUGCUGGAGCCCCUCCCCUUCCUGGUCCACCGCCACCUCCUCCUCUCCCCUCCACACUAACUCCCACAGGUCUGCCUCCUCCCCCUGGACCACUGCCUCCUCCCUCUGGCCAGGUCCCGCCUCCUGCUCCUCCUCCACCUCCAGCACCACCUCUGCCCUCUGGUCUUUUUACUCCCUCACCCACUGGCGAUGACAACAAGCCCUUGUCCGGCCUGGCAGCUGCCCUUGCAGGCGCCAAGUUACGGAAAGUGUCGAGGAAUGAAGAGCCCUGUAGUGCAGCUGUUGGAGGUGCGGUGGCUUCCAGCCCUGCCAAGCCAGAGGCUGCUCGAGGAAAUGGUCCACUGCCUGGAGGAGGAGGACUCAUGGAGGAGAUGAGUGCCCUACUGGCCAGGAGGAGACGAAUCGCAGAGAAAGGAUCAUCACCAGAGCCUGAGCAAAAAACGGAAGAAAUCGAAGCAACCGUUACUCCGAAACUGUCGGCCUGUAGCACACCAGACAUGCCCAGAAAGCCAUGGGAAAGGACAAACACCAUAAAUGGUAGCAAAUCACCAGUUAUCGGAAGACGGGAUGCUCCAUGGAGAAAUCAGAUGAGUACUGAAAAGUACAGUGAUUCCUUAAACAGGCCGAGGUCUACGCCCACACCCACUGGAUCCCUAAGUGCCAAUGGAGUGCCAUCAGAAACUCUGGACUACGACAGAUUGAAACAGGACAUUCUGGAGGAGAUGAGGAAGGAACUGUCAAAGCUGAAAGAAGAACUAAUUGACGCGAUCAGGGAGGAGUUGGGCAAGUCCAACUCUGCGUAAGAGACCUUGACUCCCCAGCUGUUUCCCAACCAUGGUCCAUCACAAGGCCAGCUUCAGUUCUGACACUUGCAGUGGUAACGGACAUUUUACAAAAGCAUUUUAAACUCGUGGUGAUAACAAUAACCAUGUUAAUUCCGACGACGCGUUCGAUGGCGAUGCCAUUUUAGGGCUACACGUACCAAGAAGAGAUGAUGCCAUAGGUGUGAUUUCAGGCUGUGAAAUUUCCCUCCAUGUUCCAGCUAGCGGGUGGGAUGCAGCCUUUCUAUUCGAAGUGACUGUCUAUAUGCAAAAGAUUACUCUAUCAUAGAAAGAUGAGCAAUCGUUCUGAGGAGGGAAAAAAACAACACAACCUAUAACUGAACUCUAUACUGUAUUAAUCAUUGAAGAGUGACUGUAUUUUCCAGCAGGUGACGUUCAUUAUUUGGCACAUUUGCUUAGCAAAGGCCAGUCCUGUUUGGUCAGAUUAGUGUGAAGUAGAGCUUAGCUUAGCUUGCUUUGCACCACUGAGGAAAUCUUUGAGUCAGGCCAAACAAGCAGCUGAAAGAACUGGGUGUAGUUUUCUGCUGCAGGACUUUGUAAAGCUCGUCUUCCUGAUAUCAUUAUAAUCCCAGUAUAUACUUUAAAGGCAAAAUAGAUAUUCUUCAGCUCAUUUAAUUAUGUCUGUUCUAAUAUAUACCAUGGCCAUAUCAAGUAGCUUAGUCAUGCAAUCUUGGGAUAGUCAGCAUCAGUUUUGGUAAUUUACCCAGGUACACUCAGUCUCCUAAACCACUGUACCACUUUUGUCACCUUUGUCUUGUAUGCGAGGGAAAAUGGUUUGGAAUAACCGGGCGAGACGAUGCCUCUCUACUGUAAUUCAUUGUAGCUUUUUACCAAAUCCUCUCAGUCUCUAAAUGAUGGGUGAAUGCCUAUGUCAACAAGACCGCAUCUGUAGAUAGUGCUAAUCACAACUAGCAUCUUUUUUUUUUUUUUUUACGUUUCUUGGUCCACUGCAGGCUCUUCUCUUAUUUCUUUUGAUUUUUUUAGUGCAUGUCUUGUUGAAUGCUAUGGGAAAUCUUGCUGCCACGAAACUGAAAUCGUUUCUUGUUUUCAAUUUAUAAGCAAUAAGUGUAGCACUGACACUCGGUUUUCCUCCCCAUGCGCAUCUCUUUCUUCUCCGUAAUCAUCUAUUCCCACCGUCGGUGAACGAGUGAGGGCGUGUUUUUAAACUGCACACAAGUUUUUGUCUAAUAAACUGUAAACAUGGACAACCUGUUUAUAGCCAUCAUUAAUUCAUGCAGGUACACUGCUGUCCUCAAGAGUCCCUUAGACUGUGUUUUUAUUUCUAAAUUCUGGUUCUGUGGGGCUUUUUAUUUAGAAUCUCAAAACUCUUGUAAGUCUAAAAGCUCUAUGUACAAUCAGAGGUGGGAAAUGAAUUAACAGCAUAAGACUAAUGUGACUGGAGCCUGAUCAUGUUCUAUUUCUUUGAGGUUGUAAACGUAUUGGUUUUAUUCUUCCCCUCAGAGUAGCAUUUUGUCAUGAUUAUUGUUAUUUGCUUACAGUCCCUCUUACCCCCCCCCCCCACCACCACAGAUCAAAACAGCAUUCUUUUUUCCAUUCCUGAUCAUCUGACAUAAUCUAUCAAGGAAUCAGAAAGUUUGUACAGAGACCGCAUUGAUUGCACUUUAAUAACCUGUAAGAUCAAAUAACCAUACUGCUGAUGAUGUCCAUCACCCCGUGUGUGGCAGUCCCACCAAAGGUCAACAGUAACAAAUCUCCAGAACACCACACUGUCCUGAGCUGCCUUUUGUUUUAUGGAAGGCUGUGGACAAGAACCGUUGCAAUCGAGAUUGAUUUCAUACGUGGAUAAAUCUGUUUGUGAUCUUCAUGGUUUGUGCCUUGUUUUGAAGUCGCAUUUAAUGUGUCUAAUAUUUUUUAAAAACGACUAGUAAUAAUUAUCCGGCUAAUCAUAACCUCAUUCACGUUUUACAUCCUGCUUUAGUACAGUAUAAAAGGGAGAUUUUAAGUUGUUUGUUUGGAAAAAUGUGCAUUUAUUCUUUAUGCCAUUUUUAUCGUUACAGUACGGUUUGUGUUAAAGUGGUUUAUUCUGAAUGUUUCGAAAUGUCUGGAAAUGUAAGGUUUGCUGCGUUGGGAGUCGAUAACGAUGAAUCGUCGACUGUGUUUUUCACUUCUCCGUCUUCAGGAGUGGCUGAGAACCACGUCGACUUUUCCGGUGUGUGACGGACGAGAUCUGUUUGAAUGUCCACAAAAUGCAUUUUAUUGGUUUCUUUUUUUUUUCUAUUUUAUCAUUCUCCUUGUACCAUACUGUUCUCAUAUUAGACAUUUCUUACAUGCUAACAUUGAUUUGUUUAAGCAAAUGAAAUAAAAAUUGCAAUACA